AAGCAUACUGUAAACUCAAAGCCGUAGUCUCGGCCGGUGCUGUUAUUGUUCAGUUCGCGGAGUUUGGGGGGAGGGUAUUGCUUUAUUUUUUUAUUUUGGGGGCUGCACACUGCCAUUAUCGGGGUAAUUACAAGCACCCCAAUGCCUGGCCCGAGGUAUAUAUUAUUUAUAUAGCGUCAGAAUCUGUCUAAGUAGUUGUAAGCUAACAAGUUAGGUCCCAAAGUAGCCGAUGGAUGCGCGGGUAUCGGAGUUAUUUGGCUCAGGAAACGGACACAGCUCUGGAUCUGGUGGUGUGUCCAGCGGCAAGCCUGCGAAUGGCUAUGGGGUAGCCCCCAAAAAAUCCUCUGCAAAGAACAAGAAAGCAAAAGCUCGAUUAUCCCGCAACUUCAAACCAAGCAAUAACACCCCGUAUCUACCUCCAGAGGCUGAAGAGGGAAAUAUAGAGUACAAGCUCAAGCUAGUGAACCCCACACAAUACCGCUUUGAGCACUUAGCAACACAAAUGAAAUGGCGACUGCAGGAGGGCCGAGGUGAAGCUGUCUAUCAAAUAGGUGUCGAGGACAAUGGCAUGCUGGUGGGACUAUCAGAGGAGGAAAUGAGGGCUUCACUAAAAACGCUCCAUCGGCUUGCAGAGAAAGUUGGAGCGGACAUCACAAUUUUAAGAGAGCGAGAGGUGGACUAUGACUCUGAUGUGCCUCGUAAGAUUGCUGAAGUUCUCAUUCGCAAAGUGCCAGAUGACCAGCAGUUCUUAGACCUACGAGUAGCCGUACUGGGCAAUGUGGACUCGGGCAAGUCCACUCUUUUGGGUGUUUUGACACAAGGUGAGCUGGACAAUGGACGGGGAAGAGCGAGGCUCAACCUUUUCAGACAUCUACAUGAGAUUCAGACUGGACGUACUUCGAGCAUUAGCUUUGAGAUUCUUGGCUUUAACAGCAAAGGAGAGGUUGUGAAUUACAGCGAGUCUCGGACAGCAGAGGAGAUUUGUGAGAGUGCCUCUAAAAUGAUCACAUUCAUUGAUCUGGCGGGUCACCACAAGUACCUGAAAACCACCAUCUUUGGCCUCACCAGUUACUGUCCAGAUUUUGCAAUGCUUGUGGUCAGUGCGAAUACUGGAAUUGCUGGUACCACACGGGAGCAUCUUGGCCUUGCCAUGGCACUGAAGGUUCCCAUCUUCAUUGUUAUCAGUAAAGUGGACCUCUGCACACGGGCCACUGUUGAGCGCACAGUGCGGCAGUUGGAGCGUGUCUUGAAGCAACCAGGCUGCAACAAGGUGCCCAUGGUUGUAAGCAGUACAGAUGAUGCUGUCACAGCAGCACAGCAGUUUGCACAGUCACCAAGCAUCACGCCAAUCUUCACCUUGUCCAGUGUUUCUGGAGAGAGUCUAGAUUUGCUUAAAGUUUUCUUCAACAUCAUCCCUCCUCUGAGCAACAGCAAGGAGCAGGAGGAACUAAUGCAGCAGCUAACAGAGUUUCAGGUGGAUGAGAUCUACACAGUUCCAGAGGUGGGGACAGUGGUUGGAGGUACUCUAUACAGUGGUAUUUGCCGUGAAGGGGAUCAUCUUGUAGUAGGGCCCACAGACUCGGGUCAGUUCCACCAGUUGACCGUAGGCAGCAUCCAAAGGAACCGCUCGGCAUGCAGGGUGCUCAGGGCGGGCCAGGCUGCUACACUUGCUCUGGGCAACUUUGACCGCUCAUUAUUGCGCAAGGGCAUGGUGAUGGUGAGCCCAGAGAUGGAUCCUACCAUCUGCUGGAUGUUUGAGGCUGAGAUUGUCCUGCUUUUCCAUGCCAAGACCUUCCACAAGGGCUUCCAGGUUACUGUGCACAUUGGCAAUGUGAGACAAACUGCAACAGUGGAAGCAGUGUAUGGCAAGGAGGAGCUGAGGACGGGAGAGAAAGCGGUGGUUCUCUUCAAGUUCAUCAAGCAUCCAGAAUAUCUGAAGGUGGGAGCAAAGAUUCUCUUCAGAGAGGGGGUAACCAAAGGUAUCGGGCACGUCACCAAGCUGCUUCCCAUCGUCGAGUACCAGCCAUCCUAAAGACGAGAUGAGGAUGAGGCCUAACAUUCUUCAGGCAACCACAGAACCAAACACCGUCCCACCUCAAAACAGAGUGCUUUAAAAACCACCUCCUGCUUUCUCCAAAGGCCACGCUGCCAAGUUCCCUUCACAGUAAAAGCCUUUUUGCACGAUUCUGUUGUCUCACCAUGUUCCAAAGCUUUGUCACCUUCUUACAUUUUGUUCCUUAGAGCCUUUUCAGUACCUGCUGAUAUUUUCCAUCUGCUUUGUGUUGUUGAGGCUUAAAAAGUGUUGCUUUUCUUGGUACUGAUGAGAAACCUUUCAUCCAUAUCUACAACACAUUGACCAAGCAUCAUCUACCAAAGUUCGCUUUGGAAACUUUGAAAACUGCAUUCUGGCCUUUACAACGAGGUGCUGCUCACACAGUUUACACCUAAAUGCACUGUUAAUACAUACUUCAACAAUAUGCUCACAUGCAUAUUUGCACUGAGGUAUAAACGCCAGCGAUGAUAUACCCGUGCCAGGUAACUGUUUUUAUAAACUCAACAGUUGCAGGUAUGGAAUGAUUUCACACCAGUGUAAAACAAGGCGCAAGUGUCACCGCCUCACAGCGCAGUGUCUGUGCAAAGUGCCUGACUGACAAUUACAAACUUUUAUAUGCUCUUAAAUCAUCUCCUUGUCAUAGUAACUGCUGUGUGAGCAGGUCAGAAGCUUCAUUAUCUUGCGUUGAGCUUUGUUGUUUCAUCACUUUUAUGAAGAUAACGGAGAGCAUUGUGUGGUAUGAAAAGCUAGAACAUGGCCCAGUUUGUAUGUCAGUCUGCCAGGAUAACUCACAUUGGCAAUUACUUUUUAACUGUCACAUUUGUCAGUGAGAACUAUUUUUUUCUUUAAUUCACAAGUACUGCCUCACAAUAGGGCGGUAAGAUGAUAAUGAUCUUGCUGCCUGUCUUUCAAGUGCUUUAGUUACUCAGGUCAGUGUAGAUAUUGUAUUAGACAGCAUUCCACUUUCACAGAACGACUCCAGUGGGACGUUGUUGCUAAUUUGGGUCGAAAGGAGAACUGAUGAAAAACAGAUACUCCAGAUUCUCCCAAAGUGAUGCGUGUGAUUACACAUUAGUAUGUGGAACUGCCUACUGAUGCAGCUUUAUUUAAGAGCAAUUAUGUUAAAGGUACUUGAUGUACUCUUCACUUAAGUUACUGAUGUCACAAACUCGAAGGGGUUUAGCAUAGUGCCUAAUGGAACUCCUAUUCAAGAAGCCUUCCAUUACAGCCCAUUGUUUUAUAACUUAGUAAAAAAAAAUGAAGUUGGUGCUAUUGGAAAACUUUUGAUAUUUAGAGGAAAAAAAUGUAAUAAGUGAACGUUAAUUACUGCUCUGUUCACGCCUGCUGUUGGCCUCACCAUCUGUCUUUCUAUUGCAUGUUGACGUGACUUAUACGCGCAUUCAAAGUUUGUAUUGUUUUUUUGCACCGACAUCAUUGAUGCACAGUGUGUGUGUGUGCAGGCAAAGACAGGUAAGCUAAGAAUGCAUUUCAACCAAAAUAUUUUAUAGCAUUUAUAAAGAGUUCAGGUGUUAAAAUAUGUUUUACCGCAUCUCGGAAGAUUUUUAUAGAUUUGUAGUAGUUCUGGAUUUUACAAUUCAUUCAAAGAUUUUUCAGUCUUCUUCUUAACACCAGCUUAUUUUCACUCUUUUGAAAUCCUUUGAAGUCAGUUUUCCUUUUAAUUCAACGUGUAUUUUGAUCAUUUUCUGGGUGAAAUGCAAUAUUUAUGUACAGAUCCAAUUCGUGUAUUAUGAUGUACAUGAAUAAAAGUUUUAUUGUCACUUUA